UCCUGCACGUAGGUACAUGCCUUCAACUCUAAAUUUUCGGUAAGCGCAGAGAAACUUUCCACUUUCAGCAGAUGACUGUGAAAACCAAGUUUGCACACGCAUCAUUCUGCACAGUGAAGCUCAAACAUCCAAUUGUAGGAACAAGAAGAAAAACAUAUUUUUGAGUGGAGACGGACUUUAAUGAGUUUAAUAUCUGGCUUCCUGUGAUAUCCAUCACAAUAAAUGAUUAUUUUUGUCAUUUAAAUGUAUCAUUGUAGCUACUUUCAUACUGAUAAGGGGACGAGGAUAAAUGAUUGUGAAAUUAUGAUUUCAUACAUGUUUUUAUAAUUAACGUUUUUUAUUGAAAUAUUACAAUAUGGUUAUUAUUAUGAAUUUGAGCAUGAAGUUUCAUUAUUGACCUUGGAAAUAGUUCCCAGUAGGAGAAAAUCACAAAAACUCUUCGGCGGAUGGAUCAGCUCUGUACAGUAAGUGGACCUUAUCAAUGUUUUGUCAAGUUAUUAUAUUACCAACUGACUGCAGUUUAAAGUUCAUGCCUAUAGAAUGAAGUAAGUGGAAGUAUAUGCUUUUGGUAAUUGGGGUGAACUGGUCCUUUAGUGACAAUCUCGUAUAUAGCCUAUAUUCUAUUGCAGGACUGGUCUUUAGAGGCUCAUUUAGGCUAUUAGUUGAUGCUGACCUAUAGCUAUAGCAUUCCUAUACACCUGUACCAUAUUCUAUAGUGAACAUUUCCAAAAUGACUCAGUUCUUUCGCCUUCUCCAUCAUGUCAGCAGGUUGAAAUGAUGAAGUGAUUUGCCUACAGUGAGAAAGUUGGGAGUAGGCCUCAGAUAUGGACGGCUGCCCGGCUUCACUGUUCGUCAUCGCGUUGUUUCCAGCGUCCUCCUGCGUAUGCAUGUAUGCGACCGACGGGCUGAUUUCAUAACGUGGGGAGGAAGAGAGGAAUGGGGGUUUGAGAACGGAUGAGCACCAGACCCGGUAGGAUCUUCUAUGCACCAACAGUGUUAUCUAUCUUCCCGAGCCAUGCAGGCGGUGCACUAGGGGAGAUGCGGUAAAGGAGGCUGCUGAUGCUGCUGUCCGAUCAGCUGUUAUUUGCGUCUUGAGCAUCAUCGCCGCGACGGCCAGAGAGAUCGAGAUCAGGGACACCGCAGACCGGAUAACGGAGGAUGGAGUUCAAGCAUCUGGUGGAGGCGGCGGAGAAGUGGUGCUCCGGUAACCCGUUCGACCUCAUCUUUGCCGAGGAGGACGACGAGAGGCGGCUGGACUUUUACGCAGAACCCGGCGUCUCCUUUUACGUGCUGUGUCCCGGCGGCACCGACAGCUUCCAUGUGUGGAGCGAGAGCGAGGACUGCCUUCCCUUCUUACAGUUGGCCCAGGACUACAUCUCCUCUUGUGGGAAGAAGACUCUGCUGGAGGUGCUGGAGAAGGUCUUCACAUCCUUCAGGCCUCUGCUGGGUCUUCCAGACAUAGAAGACGACAGUUUUGAGCAUUACCACGCUGACAUGGAGGGGGAACCAGGGCCCGACCACCAGCAGAUGGGGGUCAGCCAGCAGUGAUGAGCCCCAAGAGGAGGCCUGCAGCUGGGGCGGAGCUGCUUAGAAGUCCCUGGCCUCCUUCAACUCAUCAGCCCAAACACUUAACAAGCAGUCUACACACUACACACACACGCACACACGCACACACACGAUACGGCCAACUUGCUAAAAUGCACCACCAUGUUCUUGAAUGUCUCAGUGGCUUUGCUUCCCAAAGAGUGCACUCUGUUGCACUUUGUUGACCCCUACCACACACAUACACACACACACACACACACACACACACACACACACACACAGGGCUACGUGAGCAGUAGCUUUGUACAAUGCAAGUAUCAUAAUCAUUCACCUUCUGGUUAGUUAAAGUUCCACAGCACAGCAAUAUUACAUCGGCCUCAGCUGGCUUUGUUAUGCAGAAAUACAGUCAGAUGUUACCGCAAUACACACCUCCCCUGUGGCUUUGGAGACGAAUGUGACAGAUAACCUACUUUCUCUGCCAGUCUGUUGACACAGAGGAUACACGAGAGCAACAUGAAAGAUGAAUGGAUGAAAACUGACAGGUUGUGGCUGCGUCAGGCAACUGGAGAGACGAGAGAGGCGAUGAAGGGAGAGGAAAGCGGUUUAAUUUUCCACUUCACGGAGGGAAAGAAGGAGGGAAUCGAAGAUGUACAGUUAUGACGUAGAUCCAGGUGGGGCCGGCUCUCAAACCAUACAGUUUUAAACACCCCUACUGACACAGUUUAAAUAGUUGUAUAGGUUACAGUCAGAAGCAUUUCACACAUUCGCUUCCCAUGUGGAAAUCAAAGUGUGCAGCUUUACAGUAGCAUGGAUCAUUUCUUGAGGUGUGUCACUUAAUGUUUCCAAGGCAGUACACCUCAAAGAGUUGAAGUCACUUUAUGAGGACGUUUUUAAACCAAUGUUACUAUCAUAUGACCAUCACAACAAAGGCCCAUGCUGCAGCUUAAGCCCUUCCCAGUUUGGGUGUCUCAUUGUCACAUGGCACCCAGUUUCUUCUGUUCUGUAGUCUUCCUGGUUGUCGGUGGUUCACACUUUGCCCUCCUUUCUCAGCACAAUCUGAUGAGAUAGCUUCCUAAACUUAGCCCGAACCUCUUUACGUGUGUUUUUUAAAAGCUUCUUCUUUUGAGGUUUCUCUUUACCACAAGUUUGAUAAGUGCACACCCAAAUCCCUGAGUGAUAUCACAGGGAAGAGAAAAUAUUUGUUGUCAGCUCAACCUCUCUGCCUACCCUGUUAUUUCUAAUCUCACAGUGUGUUGUUGUAUGUCACAUCCAGAGCACUGCAAUGCUUCAGGCUCCUGCCGCCUUCAACCACCCAACCCCGCAGCCACACACAUGCAAGACUGUUUCAGAGGUUUAUCAUUAGCCUGUUUACUUUGGCUUGUAAAUGUAUGUCUUUUUAUUGCCUAUUUGAAUGUCUCUCAUGUAGUGUAUCUUCUGUUUGUCCUCUGAUGUGUGUGAAAUUGUUCAAUAAACCGUGUGAACAGAG